AUGUCGAUAAACUCAGUCUUUGCGACUGUCUCCAGCAUCAUCAGUGACCUGUUAGAAUUCUUGUUCUACGUUAUGCUGGCUCUCUUGGUCAUGGGUGUCGGAGUGGUGGUCUUGGGUUCUCUUGCUGGAGGCACCUAUGUUGCUUUCGACUAUCUUAGAAACCCGGAAAGAUACACGGUCAGCCGGAUCAUCGAGUGUGCGAAGAAACUGUACCCCGAGUACACGGCUUUCGAGGUCAAAACCAAGCGUAAUCACGACAACACGGAUGAAGACCUUGGUCCCUCGCGGUGUUCUGCCGCCGUUUGCGGCACUAAAGAAGGCGAACAGUCUCAGCUAAUGGUCAUCGAGAGGUGGCAUCAGCCCACGCUACUCCAGGACUUGGAGAGGAAGAUCAAAGAGACUUUGCGCAGAAAGGAGGCAGGGUGCGAUUUGGAGGCGGAGUAUGAGUGGAGAGUUGUAGAGAGCGCUUAA